CGGGGCCCGUAUCGGAGGCCGCCGUCGGGGGCUCCCCCGGUCUGGAGCUGAAGAGAAAAAGGCAUGGGAAGGACCCGGCACAAUCGGAGGGGAAGAAGAAGAAGGGGGCCCCGGGGUCGAAGGAAGCCCCCGUUGUGGUCGUAGAAGAAUCUUCUCCUCCCAAGCCUUCGGGUCAGGCGACUGAUCUGACAUGGCCCCUGGACAAAGUCCAAUUUUCCAUUACGAAGGGGACUGCUAUCAUGCACGGGACCCUGAACCCGAAGGAGUUUUUGAGGGGUGCCACCCCUCCGACCGAUAAGUCCGUGCUCUCCCGUCAGGCCGACGAUGUCCUCUGCUCCAAGGUUCUGAUGGCCUCAGUUACGGCGAGCCUUGGCCUUGGCCUUGGCGAGCUGGUCCAGAGGAU